AUCACCAACACACACGCGUUUUCAGCAGAGUGUCUCGACAUCCACAAAUAAGCGUCAGGGGCUUACAACACGUCGCAUCUACGCAUACAUAGCGUCUUCAACUCUACAAACAUCACGCCUCCUUAAGACACCUCACCCACUGCUUUGCUCCCUUCCUUCGCCCCACCAGCAGCAACAUCGCCGCCCUCCCCACCAGUGGCAGCAGCACCAGCAGCCCCAGCCACAGGUGGGGGCUCACCAGCAGCCCGGGCCGCCGGCGGGGGCUCCUCCUUCUUCACCUCUCCUACUUGCGCAGCACCCACAACCUCGUCAGCGGCCGUGUCAGGCGCGCUAUUGAUUGGCUGCUCGGGCGCCUUCGCCACCUUUCCCUCCUCGGCCGCUGCUUUGUCAGGCUGGUUGCCGGGCUCCUCCUCUGGUUCACCCCCGCCCUCCUCGUGGGGAUGUUGCGCCUCCUCGUUGUUGCCCUCCUCCGGCUGCUCGUCCGCAUCCUCAUUCCGCACCUCGUGUAGGAUCUCGACGCCCUCAGGCGCAUCACCAUCACCGCCGCCGAUGUGCACCGACAGCCCGGGGGCGAUUGGAAUGGCGCCGUCGCGUCCCGCAUGCAGGACGGCUGCCCCUCUGCUGCCUGGGACGCCCAGCAGUGAGAUGACGAAGCCAGCGUCGUCUGCCUCCUUGGCGCGGAUGUCCUCGGCCUUGGCCAGCACCGUGAUGUUCCACAGCGAGCCGACAUGAGGCUGACCCCUGAAGCAACCAAACAGGAAGGAAUGAUGAUUUGUUGUUAUGUACUGCUACCAUGUGGUUCUCCCGCAUACCUUCUGCCGAAGGCCAUGAGAGUGGCCUCGAAAGCGAUCAAGUCACCUGCACGCAGAGGAAGAGAAAGACAACAGCUCAUCGUAAGCAAUCUAUUCUUCAACUCUCUGCUGCUCACUGACCCACCGAGCGUCAGGUCCGACACCUGUCGAUUCAGGUCACUGGAGAACAUCAGACCUGACACACCCAUCCCAACAGCCAGUGAGGGGCGAGGGCGUUGUGGUUGUUGCUCUGUGUGCGUGUAUGGGCGCCCAAGGGCGCAUGUGCGGAUGCCUACCAAGGUCAGGGACGUGGUGCAGGGCCGGGAACUGGGGCGGAUUCAUCUCGACGUAGAGGAUGUUCUUCGUCCACAAACCUGACACAAACAAACAAACGACACUCAAUAUGCAUGCUGCUUUGUUGCGCCCUUCGGUGUGACCUUCUCUGAUCUUCGCGACGCUUCCCUCCCAUGUGACUGUCCGGCCCUUGAAAAGAUCGUUGAAGGCCGUAGUGGCGUGGAUCGGGUUGCCCAGGUAGCUACGAUAACUACACACACGAGAAACGGCACAUACACGCAUUUAUAAUAUCUGCACGGAUCAGGUCGUAGUUUGGCCAUUCUCACCCGCAGUGGCUGAUAAAGUCGUGCCACGUCCUUUCCGUCGGAGGACCUGCACACAAUGGGCCAACGCACCAUACGCCAUUCAACCAUCCGUAUGUGGGUCUUUGCUUGUGCGUCUGCGGACCUCUCUCGAUCUCUUCUCUCAUCAAGAAGAAGCCGGUCCACCUCAGCAAGGCAAACACGAAUAUCAGGCCCAGGAUAAUGCCCAGCGUCGCCACGUAUCGCCUCGCCAACACCACUGCACAGCCGCCACAUCGAAAAGUCAUCACCUGACACACGCACACACAGGGACAGAGCGCGGUCACGUGUGUGUCGCCUGUGGGUGUGCCGAUGAUGCCCACCUCUUUCUUGAAUGAGGGGAACUGGAUGCGCUGUUUUCGGGCUAUUGUGUUGAUGCACCGAGGGCAAAAAUGAACGGAGUCCUGACAGACAAACGACACAGACCAUUCGUCCCUCAUCGGUGCUUGCGUGUGUCCUCCUGGUUGUGUGUUGGUUGCCUGGAAUAUGGGCCAGAGGAAGGGUAUGACGCAGAAGGCCGGCCAUCCCACCACAAUGACAAUCACAAACGACAUCAGAAAGGUCACCCAACUGUUCUGCAGCUCAACAUGGGUCACCACAUGCUGACCAUACGAACAAACACCGAAGCGCAUCAGUACGGAGCGCGGUGGCUGCACGAGGCGCCUGUGUGUGCGUCUACCUGAGUGCAGUAGGGGCACCAGCACUUGACAGGCUGAUCACCGAACUCGACGCUCUGAUUCGGAUCCUCAGGAGCUGAUCACCCGAUGACGACAACAGAUGGCAGUAGACAAUGGCAGCGAUGGCCAUACCUUCCGGUUUUCACGUGCAUGUGCUUGCGUCAUGCCGCCUAGAGCGUACCUGGAUCAACACUGAACGCGAAUGGUCCUCGAGACCACGUGGUACCACGAGCGCGAGGCUCAGCGUCCAAAUCCAUUGUGCGCCAAGCCAGUCAACCCUGAAACACUUGGAUAAUCCCACUCCGGAAAGAUCUAAGCGCGUG